GAAUCUGUUUUUCAAUGCCGACCAUGGUGGGGAACAUCGACUGUUAAUGCGUUUCUUAACUUGCAGGAAAGGAAAUCCAAAAAGAUCUUCAUAACCAUUUCGACCUAUAUAUGUGUUUGGUAUAGGCAACAGAGUCACCAGCCUUCAUUAUAACCGAAUCGUUAUAACUGUGGAAUCGAUACUGGAACGGCUUAACGGCGCCCACAUCUGUGGAACCUUGGCAAUUGUGCAAUUGAGAGUGUACUUGUAAUGACAAUGGUGUGCCUGUGGUGGUUGGCUUUGCUGGUUUUGAUUUGGAAUGUUGAUGUUGCUAAAGGACUGGGAGUGAACUGGGGCACGCUCUCCACACACCCUCUUUCCCCUGACACUGUGGUGCAGCUUCUCAGGGACAAUGGCAUCAAGAAAGUGAAGCUCUUCGAUGCAGAUGCCGAGACAAUGAGGGCUCUGGCACAUACCAAUAUUGAAGUUAUGGUCGCCAUUCCCAAUGAUAUGCUGCUAAAUCUCACCUCCGAUUCUGACGCUGCUCAAAAGUGGGUUGCCACCAAUAUUAGCAGAUACACCUUUCCUGGUGGAGUUAACAUCAAGUAUGUUGCAGUGGGAAAUGAACCAUUCCUUGAGAGCUAUAAUGGCUCCUUUUUGAAUGUCACUCUUCCUGCACUUCAAAAUGUUCAGCGAGCUCUGAAGGAUGCAGGUUUAGAAGAAAUCAAGGCAACAGUGCCCCUCAAUGCAGAUGUGUACAAUUCUCCUGAUACAAACCCAGUCCCAUCAGGUGGGGAUUUCAGGCCGGAAGUUCGUGAUCUCAUGAUACAGAUUGUUAAGUUCAUGAAUGACAAUGGUGCACCUUUUACUGUCAAUAUCUACCCAUUUCUAAGUUUGUAUGCUAAUGAGCAUUUUCCUGUUGAUUUUGCCUUCCUUGAUGGUAAUGGGCAACCACUGACUGAUGGGGCAUUCCAGUAUACUAAUGUGUUUGAUGCAAAUCUUGAUACUCUGAUAUGGUCUCUGAAAAAAGCGGGCUUCCCUAACAUGCCCAUUGUUGUUGGAGAAAUAGGUUGGCCCACUGAUGGUGAUAAAAAUGCCAAUUCUGAGUAUGCACAGAGGUUCAAUCAGGGGCUUCUAAAACACUUGAUGAGUGGCCAAGGAACUCCCAUGAGAAGGGGAAAUAUUGAAGCAUAUCUGUUUAGUCUUUUCGAUGAAGAUGCCAAGAGCAUUGCGCCUGGAAACUUUGAAAGGCAUUGGGGCAUUUUCCAGUAUGAUGGGCAACCUAAGUACCCGCUCGAUCUAUCAGGUCAAGGUCAGAAUGUGGGACUGGUUGGUGCAAGAAAUGUGGAGUAUCUUCCUCAGAGGUGGUGUGUUCUUAAUCCAGGUGUCAAGGACACAACUAAUCUCACAGAUAGCAUAACUUAUGCUUGCACCAAUUCUGAUUGCACUUCUCUGGGGUAUGGAUCCUCAUGUAAUAGUCUGGAUCUUCAAGGCAAUGCUUCAUAUGCAUUUAACAUGUACUAUCAGAUGCAUGAUCAGCAGAGUUCAGCUUGUGUUUUCUCUAAUCUGGCCAAGAUAACCACAAAAAACCCCUCUCAAGGUACUUGUAAAUUUGAGAUAAUGAUUGCAUCUGGCCAUGCAGACAGGACUCUCAAAUACAGGACAAAUCUGGUCACAGUUUUUGCUCAAAUCAUGGUAGCUGCUUUGUUGUUGUUUUUAUAGCGGCUUGUAGUCUAUCACAUCAUUCUUUCAUAUGUAAUUUUGUUUCACACUUCUGUAUUUACCUUCCCCUAUACCCAACUCUGAUAAGAGAGAAUUCAAAUUUUUAGAAUUCAGUGUUCACAGUUAUGACAUUAAUAAAGAGAAGCUAGACCAUUUCUAUAAAUUAAUUUAUUUUUCAAUCUCAA